CCGCGCGGCUCGCGCCCCCCGCCGGGUCCCCACCUCCGCGCCCGCCCCGCGGGCUGACCGGCCGACCGGGGCCCGCCCCCGGCGCCCACCAUGUACGCCUUUGUGCGAUUCCUGGAGGACAACGUCUGCUACGCGCUGCCCGUGUCGUGCGUGCGCGACUUCAGCCCCCGCUCGCGGCUGGAUUUUGACAACCAGAAGGUGUACGCCGUGUACCGGGGCCCAGAAGAACUGGGAGCCGGGCCCGAGAGCCCCCCGCGCGCCCCCCGCGACUGGGGCGCGCUGCUGCUCCACAAGGCCCAGAUCUUGGCGCUGGCAGAAGACAAAUCUGACCUUGAAAACAGUGUGAUGCAGAAGAAAAUAAAAAUCCCCAAACUUUCUCUCAAUCAUGUAGAAGAAGAUGGGGAAGUUAAAGAUUAUGGGGAAGAAGAUUUACAGCUUAGACACAUCAAGAGACCCGAGGGGCGGAAGCCGAGUGAAGUGGCGCACAAGAGCAUCGAGGCAGUGGUGGCCCGGCUGGAGAAGCAGAACGGCCUGAGCCUGGGCCACAGCACAUGUCCGGAAGAGGUCUUCGUGGAGGCCUCGCCGGGCCCAGAGGACAUGGACAGUCUGGAGGAUGCCGGCGUGCCCCGGGCUCUGUAUGAGGAGCUGCUGCGCAACUACCAGCAGCAGCAGGAGGACAUGCGCCACCUCCAGCAGGAGCUGGAGCGGACUCGCAGGCAGCUGGUUCAGCAGGCUAAGAAGCUCAAGGAGUACGGGGCGCUGGCGUCCGAGACGAAGGAGCUCCGCGACCUCAACCGGAGGCUGCAGGACGUGCUGCUCCUGAGGCUGGGCAGCGGUCCCGCCAUUGACUUGGAAAAAGUAAAGUCAGAAUGUCUCGAGCCCGAGCCGGAGUUACGGAGCACUUUCAGUGAGGAAGCAAAUACGUCGUCCUAUUACCCCGCUCCUGCACCUGUCAUGGACAAGUAUAUCCUAGACAAUGGCAAGGUCCACCUGGGAAGCGGGAUUUGGGUUGAUGAGGAGAAAUGGCACCAGCUGCAGGUGACCCAAGGCGAUUCCAAGUACACAAAGAACUUGGCAGUCAUGAUCUGGGGCACAGAUGUUCUGAAGAACAGAAGCGUCACAGGAGUUGCCACAAAAAAAAAGAAAGAUGCAGUCCCUAAGCCGCCCCUCUCGCCUCACAAACUAAGCAUCGUCAGAGGCCCAGCGCAGUACCCGUACCAGGUAGAUGCUUGGUGUGUCCAUGUGUAAAGGCAGGAUUCACAGUCCUUGUCCUGGCUGCCCAGUGGACCUGUAGACAUUUGUAUGUUCUUUGGACCCCAUUCAGAUGAUGUCAUUUGCAGCUAAUCUGGUCCCCAAUACUAAGGAACAAUCUAGAAGAAAAUACCUCAGCUGUGUGGCUUGGGGCUAUUACAGGCUCACUGUCUUCAGGCCCGUAGGCCAGGCCCUCCAAGUUUCCCUCCCUGAUCCACUCCACCAUUUUCUAAGCCCUUUUUAAACCCUCUCUACUCUUCCUGAACAUGAUAGUCCACACCUCUCUCUUUUUCAAAAGAUGACCAUGUCUCUUCCUUCACAGAGAAAGGGAGAAGAAACCCCACAGCUUCGAACCACCAUAUCUACAAACUUCCCUGGACCCCCCAGUUCUUCUGCCUCAUGUUUCUUUCCUUCUCUUAUUUGGCACUGGCCGUUCUCUCCAACUGGAUCACAGCCCACCUGCCUUCUUCCUAAGUACCUUGUUCCUCCCCCUCAACUGGGCCCUUCCCAGCACCCUUUAAAUAUACUUUGAUCACUCAUUUCUUACGGAAGCAAACAAAACACUCCCUAGACGUCACUUCCAUCACCCAGCUGCUGCCAUGGCUCUCUGUUCCUUUUCACAUCCAGGUUUCCUGAAAGAGUUGUCUGCAUUCACUGCCCAUGUGCACCGGGAACGCCCCUGCCAUCUGGCAUCGGCUCCCAGCCCUCUACUUACUCUGUCCUUGCCAGGCUUCCCCGUGGCUCCUCUUCUUGCUCAUCCAGGGCAUGGCUCUACCUCUUCCCCAGCCAUUUGACCUGAUUCCCCCCUCC